AUGGGUUCAUCUGUCUGUCUGCAUCAGACCUUAGUUCAGCUGGGUCUCUACACUAUGGGUCGUGAUCACCGGAUCUUCUCGCACCCAUGGCAGUACCGUCCCUCUCGCUGGGUCCGAUCCAAGAGCCACUACUUCAGGAACCUGAGCUUCGGCUUCGGCCCACGCCAGUGUCUGGGCCGCAGGAUCGCCGAGACCGAGAUGCAGCUCUUCCUUAUUCACAUGCUGGAGAACUUCAGGUUUGAGAAGCAGAGGCAGGUGGAGGUCAGGAGCACGUUUGAGCUCAUCUUGCUGCCUGAGAAGCCCAUCAUGCUCACCAUCAAACCGCUGAACGCCAGCAGAUAG